AUGGUUAUCGUACCCGUCGAGAAAGCCUCUGGCUACGCUUACUACAUCCUCUUGGGUGUUCUUGCAUCCGGAGUCUUGUACGGUAUAGGGAAAUGCAUCUACAACGUCUGGUUCCAUCCGUUGGCGAAAUACCCUGGGCCAUUCCUUGCCAAGAUUUCUCCGAUAUACAGCAUCUGGGGGUUGUUCCGUGGUCGAUGGCCCUUUGACGUGCACGAAUUGCACCAGAAAUAUGGCCCCGUCGUGCGACUGAUGCCAAAUGAGCUCGCAUUUACAGACCCACAGGCAUGGAAGGACAUCUAUGGGCACCGCCAAGGCCAUCCCCAAUUCCACAAAGAUCCCAUCCAUGUCGGAUCCGUGCAGGACAUUCCCGGCUCAACCACCUUGACCAUGGCCGACGAUGCAAACCACGCCAGACAGAGGCGAACCCUUGCCCACGCCUUCAGCCAGAAGGCCCUACUCGAGCAAGAGAGCAUCAUCCGAGGCUACGUCGAUCUGUUUGUCGAGAAGCUCACGCCGUUUGCCGCAACCGGCCAGCCGGUCAACAUGUGCGACUGGCUAAACUUCACCACCUUCGACAUCAUCGGCGACAUGGCCUUCGGCGAGCCCUUCGGCUGCCUCAAGGACGGCGUCUUCCACUCAUGGGUCUCGCUCAUCACCCAGACCAUCAAGGCCGGCGCCUUCGAGCAGGCCACCCGCCGCAUGUUCCGCACCGGGAGCCUGCCGCAGCGGCUCCUGGUCAAGCUGAUCCCGAGCGACCUGCGCGAGAAGCGGUUCCGCCAUCUCCAGCUCAGCCAGGAGAAGUGCCUGCAGCGGAUCGACGAGGGUCUGAGGCGAGAGCAUCGCGAUUUCCUCUACUACAUUCUCCGCCAGAACGAGAAGGGCGGAGUGAGCCAAGACGAGAUCAUCCUGAACAGCGCUCUUUUUAUCGUCGCCGGAUCCGAAACCACCGCCUCUCUCCUCUCGGGCAUGCUCAUGUGGCUGAUGCGCACCCCGCACGCCUACAAGCGCCUAACCUCCGAGAUACGCGACCGCUUCCCCGCCGCGUCGGACAUGAAGUUCCUCGACCUCCAGGAGUGCCGCUACAUGAACGCCUGCAUCGACGAGGCGCUCCGCGUGUUCCCUCCCGUGCCGACGGGCCUGACGCGCACCGUGCCCUCGGGCGGCGACUCGGUGGCGGGCGAGUUCCUUCCCGGCGGGACGACGGUGUCCGUGCACGCGUGGUCGGCGGCGCACUCGCCGCGCAACUUCUCGCGGCCCGACGAGUACGUGCCGGAGCGGUGGCUGGACGACGAGAACGGCGGAAAGUACGCCGGCGAGAACAGGGACGCCAGCCAGGCGUUCUCGCUGGGGCCGAGGGGCUGCAUCGGGAAGCACCUCAGCUACCUGGAGCUGAGGCUCAUCCUGGCGAACUUGCUGUGGCACUUUGACGUGCGGCGCGCGGAUCUCGACGCCGAUGGCGGGGGGUUCGAUGUCUGGGAUCCCCAGGGGAGCCUCAAGCAUGUUAGGGCGUUCAACACGUGGAAUAAGCCGCCUCUUAUGUGCACGCUGACGGCGGUGAAGAGGUGA